CACUAAUCUCAAAGAAAACAAAAGGCAUGAAAGGAUGGAUUGCCGGGAAUAUUUGGUCCACAUCCAGAGCCAAAAGAGGACGGUGUUUAUUGUGCUUCCCCGGUGAGGCCACGGAGGCUUCCAAUUGGCUGAAUAGCGGGAUGGGAGGCCCGGCUGUUGUGUGAUUGGAACCGGAGCUCAUAAGAGCCGCUGAGCGGCUACUCCGCGUUAUAGCGCCUGGUGACCGAGAUGCCAGUAGAGAUCUCCCGGUGGGACGGGCCGCUGGCCCUCUAUGAAGUGGACGAGAAGCCCGCAUGUCCUCUGAAAGUCCGCUACGGACCGCUAUGCAUCGAGGAGCUGGGACAAGUGCUGACACCCACCCAGGUUCCGCACUGCCCAACUAUUGAGUGGGAGGGCAUGGACCAUAACAAACUGUAUACUGUGGUACUUACUGAUCCUGAUGUUCCAAGCAGAAAAGACCGCCAUCUCGGGGAAUGGCAUCACUUCCUGGCGGUUAAUGUUAAAGGAAAUGACCUCAGUAGUGGCUGCAUUCUCACUGCUUAUGUUGGCUCAGCACCUGGAAAAGGAACAGGUCUUCACAGAUACACGUGGCUUGUUUAUGAACAGACUGGGCCAUUGAAAUGUGAUGAGCCAAUUUUGGGCACAGCCUCUGCAGAGAAGCGGGAAAAAUUUAAAGUCUCAUCUUUCCGCAAAAAGUACAAGCUUGGUGCUCCAGUUGCUGGUGUCUGCUAUCAGGCUGAGUGGGAUGACUUUGUACCUAAUCUGUAUAAACAGUUAGGUGUACUGUGACUGAACAUACAAGCACUUCCAACUUUAUUCAUUAUGCUGCUUUGCAACUUUAGUACUAGCGGUAAUGUCUGUUUUUCUAAUAUGAAGGUAAAAAUGCCCCAUUUAUACUGCCUGAAAUGUUGUCUGACUCCCAGGAAGUAAGCCCUUUAGUUUAUUUUUAAAAGUACACAACACAAGACCACAAUCUGCAUGACAAUUCCAAAUAAAGCAAAUCAGAUUAUGUAUUUUACCUUAUGUUUUAGAAUACUACUUCUCCGUUUACUUCUGCUUUUAAGAGUAAUGCAUUUCAUGCGGCAUAUGGCUUUGAUGUAUUUUGAUUCUAAUUAAAUAAACAUAAACCUAAAUGCA